GGUUUAAGCAUUGAGUCAUCAUUAUUCUUGUACGUAUGAAGCGACCAAAAGGCAAACCCGACCUCCACCACGUAGACUUGCCUUUAUAUAAAAGUUGUAACACUUAUAACUUCUUGACAUCAUCAUUCACACAAAACACUUAAAACCAAAACUAUGACACUGUCCAUUUCCUUCCUCCUCCUCCUCCUCUUCAUUUUCUCCGCCGACGCGCUAACGUCACAAGCCGACGUGUCAGCUUUAAUAGCCUUCAAAGCCGCCGUGAAACCAAACUCAAUCCCUCCAUGGUCUUGUCUCGCAAGCUGGGACUUUGCUUCCUCCGACCCAUGCGCAUCACCGCGUCGAACACAUUUCACGUGUGGCAUCACUUGCUCGUCCGAAUCCACACGUGUGACCCAACUCACACUUGACCCGGCCGGGUACUCGGGUCGUCUCACGCCGCUCAUCUCUGGUCUCACUCAGCUCCUAACGCUCGAUCUUGCCGACAACAAGUUUUACGGUCUAAUCCCAUCUUCCCUCUCCUCCCUCCUCAGCCUCAAGACACUGAUCCUCCGGUCCAACUCGUUUUCCGGGUCCUUACCCGAAUCGGUAACUCGGCUUAACUCGGUCGAGUCCAUUGACAUAUCUCGCAACUCACUCACCGGUUCGCUUCCGAAAUCAAUGAACUCGCUGUCGAGUCUAAGACAACUCGAUCUAAGCUACAACAAACUCACAGGAUCCAUCCCAAAGCUUCCGAGAAGCCUCAUCGACCUUGCUUUAAAGUCGAAUUCUUUAUCAGGACCCAUCUCAAAAGAAUCGUUCACCGACUCAACUCAGCUUGAAAUCGUCGAACUCGCUGAGAACUCGUUCACUGGAACACUUGGAGCUUGGUUCUUUCUUCUACAAUCUAUCCAACAAGUAGAUCUAGCGAACAACAGUCUCACAUCCAUCGAAGUACUCCCUCCGAAAGUCGCCGGAGAAAGCGACCUCGUGGCGGUGGAGCUAGGGUUUAACCGGAUCACCGGAUACGCUCCGGCGAGUUUCGCGGCGUACCCGAGUCUUUCUUCGUUGUCUUUAAGAUACAACAUGCUUCACGGCGUGAUUCCGUCGGAAUACGAACGGAGCAAGACUCUGAGAAGGCUUUUCCUUGACGGGAAUUUCUUGACGGGGAAACCGCCGGCGAGAUUUGUUAGACCGGAAUCGGAAGUGAUGGGAAGUUUGGGGAAUAAUUGUCUACAGGGAUGUCCAGGGAAAGUGAAGAUGUGUGCUCCAUCGCAGAAACCAUUUUCCAUUUGCAAGCAAGCUUAUGGUGGAAAACCAAAGUCAUAGUUUUGUCGGUGUCGGUGACUUUUUGUGUCAGUGAUUUUGUAAUAUAAUGUUUUUUAUAUUUUGGUUUAAUCAUUUUUCUGAGUUUACUCUACUAUAUAGUCUUGGAGAAAUAGUAAUUUAAUAAUAUUCAUCGAGAU